CUAUAACUACUAGCUAUGGCCACCAUGUUGUCAUUGCUUGCGUCACUAGUGGUCAUUGGCGGUGCAUGGUGGGUGUGGUCGGUGGUCCGGUGGGUCUGGCUCAGGCCUAGAGCCAUCGAAAGAUGUUUAAGGAAACAAGGUCUCAAUGGACCAUCAUAUAGAUUGUUGCAUGGUGACACUAACCAGAUUGCUACCAUGGCUCGACAAGCGGUCAAGAAUUCGAAACCACUUAGUUUUUCCGAUGACUUCCUUCCCACCAUUCUGCCUUUCUAUCACUACAUCAUUCAUACAUAUGGUAAAAUAUCAUUUACAUGGCAAGGACCAAAUGCAAGGAUGACCAUCAUGGAUCCAGAACUAAUUAAAGAGGUUUUGGUAAACAAUAAGAUUUACAAGAAACCCACCCCCAACCCCAUGGUCAAACUAAUGGUUCCUGGGAUACCCACCUACGAAGACCAAAAAUGGGCCAAACAUCGCAAGAUUGUCGCACCUGCUUUCACUCAACACAACUUGAAGCAUAUGUUUUCGGCUAUGUACACGAGUUGUAACGACAUAUUGAUAACCGAAUGGGCCAAGCUGGUCUCGGAGAACGGUUGGUGUGAGUUGGAUGUGCAGCCUUACAUCGAUGACUUCUCAAGCGAUGUGAUCUCCAGAAAUGCAUUUGGUAGUAGCUAUGAACAAGGUAGAAGGAUAUACCAACUCCAGAAAGAACAAGCCAUGCUCACAUCUCAAGCUCUAACGUCACCCUACCUACCCGGCCGAAGAUUUUUACCUACCAAAGCAAACAGGAGAAUGAAGGAGAUCAACAAUGAGUUGAGGUCGAUUCUAAGCAAAGUUAUGGACAAAAAAGCAGUCAAUGCGGAUGAAGAAGAUUUACUAUCGUUGUUGUUAAAAUCCACCAAGAUAACUAAUGGGGAUUCGGGAAUGAGUGUUGACGAGGCGAUUGCAGAGUGCAAAGCAUUCUAUUUUGCUGGGCAAGAGAGCUCUUCGAAUCUCUUGGUUUGGACCAUGAUUUUGUUGAGCCAACACCAAACGUGGCAGGCGAAAGCCCGGGAGGAUGUUCAUCGAGUUUUUAAACACAAUAAACCGAGUUAUGAAGGGUUGAGUCAACUCAAAGUUGUAACCAUGAUUCUAUAUGAAGUUCUCAGACUAUAUUCUCCUGCGACCAUAUUCACAAGAAUCACAUACAGCGAGACCAAACUUGGAGACCUAACCAUACCAGCCGGGGUACAAUUCUUGUUGCCGGUUAUAUUUGUACAUCAUGAUCGUGAACUUUGGGGGGAAGAUGCAAAGGAGUUCAACCCCGAGAGAUUUUCAGAAGGAAUCGCAAAGGCAACGAAUAACAAGCUAGCAUUCUUUCCGUUUAGUUGGGGUCCGCGAAUUUGCAUCGGGAAUAACUUCGCAUUGAUGGAAGCGAAGCUGGCUAUAUCUACCAUCCUACAAAAUUUCUCAUUUGAGUUGUCACCUUCUUACACUCAUUCACCUUCAUAUGUUGUUACUCUUCAACCCAGACACGGUGCACAUUUGAUUCUGCGUAAGAUAUAGGACCUAAACCCGCGCUUACUUUAAACGACCCUUGACUCACCUCAGUGUGCUAGUUUUUGCUAUAGCAUUGUAUCAAUGUCUCGGGAAUAUUUUUUCCCUGAAAGUGUGUUUUAACAUGAUUUGUAAUUUGGUUAUGGUUCAUGACUUCAUGUAAUUUGGGUCUUGCGGGCCUUUUAGUGUAUAAUGAAACUACUGCUUUUACA